AUCACAGAGGAAGAUUAGAGCUCUAGAACAUGGUUCUUGACAGCAUUCUAGCUUCUCCUCGCAGGAGGACCCCAACAUUUAGGAAGCAUUUUCCUGCAAAUGAGUUGGGUAGUUGGUCAACUCUCUUCAAUCGUCAUCGCUACCUCUUAACCGCACUGGCACUCUUGACUUGCCUUUGCACAAUCUACCUUUAUUUUGCAAUCACAUUAGGGGCUACUGCAUCGUCUUGUGCGGGUUUGACUGGAGCUCAAAAAGAAUUGUGUCAUCUGGAGCAUGCCAAGGCUUCUCUGGCUAAAGGCAAAUUGAAAUUUCUAUGAUACGUAGGGACCUUGAGGUACAAAGCUUCUCAUUUAUUGGUUCUUCUCUUUGGUGGGAUCUGUAUUUAUAAGAAAUGAAGAUCAUUGUAGGUCAAAAGUUCAUUCAUCCAUUUUGAUUCAUACAUGUAACUGAUAAAAAUGUAGCAGAAUGUCAUUAACAUUGCUUCCUUGCAUUAAUUAGUUCCUUUUUCCUUGCUUGUUUCUAUGUUAUGAUGGGUUUAUAUGAAAACUUCAAGCAGAAUAAAUGUUCAUAUUGCUGUUGUGACAUUAA